AUGUCUAUAGAUUUGCUCUUCUCGCUUCCAUCGCUCACCCGCUCUACUCGCGCGGGAGUCCUCACGUCUCCCUCUAUAGAUUCGGACCUUUCUCGUGCCAACAUGCUACCUUCCCCCGUCUUCCUUCUUCCCUCCUCCCCACUCUCCCCCCCUCCCCUCCGGCCCCCCUCUUCCCCACUCCUCUCCCUCCCCCUUCGUGUUGACGCGUCGUCGUCGCGUGUGCGCAGCGCCGCUCUCCUUCGCGCUGUUGCCGGCGAUGCAAAUCUGCCAGUGACGGCCGAACGGCAGACGCGGCAAGAGUCUGCCGGGUGGCCGGCAGUGGCCGUCAAGUUGCCUCAGCAAGCACCGGCGAGGGAAAGUGAAGAGCAUGGGAGGAUUGCGCAAGGGAAGGUUCUAGGAAGGUCGCUGCUGGAGCUGAUCCACCAGGAUGAAGUCAGGAAAGUCAAGGCGAUGGGCGGGCUGGGGGAGGAGGAGAGGGGGCGCAGGGCGGAGGACGGCGCAAGGUGGGCGGAAGGAGCGGAGAGGGGGAGUGGAAGAGUAGUGGAAGGGAUGAAUGGGUCAGCUCCGGGCUCUCCUCCGUCACAUGCCUUCGUGCGUCUAUCUUCACCGCUCUCCAUCACUUUCUGCCACUCUGCACCCCUCUGUAUCCCACCAACUCUUGUCCCUUUCAGUCAGCACAAAACCACCCCUCUGCACCCUUUUGCACCCCUUUUGACCCCCCAUUCCCUCUACUCCUCCCCUGCUGCAGCACGCCACAGCGAAUGUGGAGCUGGCAACGAAUCUGGCGCAGGUGAAGCCCCCCACCUUGCCUCAUGCACUUUGAGUCCAUACAAACCCAACACCACCACCCUGCACCCCCCUCCACUCCUCCAGGCGCAGCUGCUGCAGCACGCCACAGCAUGUGCGGAGCUGGCAACGAAUCUGGCGCAGGUGAAGCCCCCCGACCCCGUCUCAUGGGGGGACGCUGUUGAGAAACACUACGGGACUCGCCCCUCGCCCCAUGCAGCACCCCCGCCCCAUGCGCCUCCCCCACCCCAUGUGGCACCCCCGCCUCAUGCGCCACCGCCCCAUGCAUCCCCUCCCCAUGGCCCCCCUGCUGCUGCUGCUGCUGCUGCUUCUGCUGCUGCUGCUUCUGCUGCUGCUGCUGACCCGUCCCAUCCGCCUGCUGCUGCUGUCGUGCCCCAUGCAGCUACUGCUGCCGCUACUGCGACUGCUCCUUCCGCUCACCAUCCUGCUGCCACCCCUCCCAACGCUGCCAGUGCCCCCCACCACCCCAGCCACCCCAACCAGGCCAUUUCCGCCAGCCCCCCCCCACAGCACCUCACAUGCGCCCAUCACCCCAGCGCACCCAGUGCUCCCACCGUCUCCAGUGCCCCCGCCGCCCCCAGCGCCCCCAUGGUCUCCAAUGCCCCCGCCGCCCCCGGUGCCCCCGCCGCCCCCAGUGCCCCCGCCGCCCCCGGUGCCCCCGCCGCCCCCGGUGCCCCCGCCGCCCCCAGCGCCUCCGCUCCCCCGCCCCUCAAGCUUCACCCCCAGCAGCGGCGCAGGCGGAGGGGGAGGCGGCGCACACAGGCAGUGGGGCGGCGGGCGGACGGUUAUCCUGACCACUUCUGGCCCUCCUAUCCCCCUGACGAGACCCCCCCUCCGCCUGCGCCUGGUGUGGGGGGGGGAGGGGGGAGAGAGGGGGAGGAGGGGGAGGGGUGGGAGGACAUGGAGGAAGGAGAGGAUGGGGAGGAGGAGGAGAGUGCGUUGGAGGAGGCGAUGAGGGUGGAGCCCAUCCUGGUGUUUUCCAGCAGCAUGGCGCUCAUAGAGUGCAACGACGCGACAGUAUGGUUGAUGCGCUGCCCUCAAUCAAUGUGCCACCCCUCUUUCCCCUCCUUUCCCUCCGCCCCCAAUCUCCACCCCUUUCCCACCCCCUCUUACCAGGAGCCCAUCCUGGUGUUUUCCAGCAGCAUGGCGCUCAUAGAGUGCAACGACGCGGCGGUGCGGUUGAUGCGCUUCCGCAGCCGAGCCGACGCCCUGGCCAACUUCCGAGUGGCCAAGAUGAGCCCCGAGUUCCAGCCUGAUGGACGGCGGUCAAGGGAGGCUAUAUUGGGGAUGCAUGGGAGGAUGAUGAGCGGCGAGGUGGUGGAGUUUGAGUGGUGCCACCUCACUGCUGACGGCCACCCCAUCAUGCUGCAGGUGAAGGUGACGAUCAUAGAAAUCGGCGGCGAGUCAUGCCUCUUCGCCAUGCGGCACGACUUAACCGAGUCCAAGCGCAAGGAGGAGGAGGAGGGGGAAGCUCAUUGGCGGCGAGUCGUGCCUGCUAGCCGUGUGGCACCACCUCACCGAGUCCAAUCCAAGCGCAAGGAGGAGGAGCUCCGAGCAGCCAAAGGCGCAGCCGAGGCAGCGAGCGAAUCACAUCCUCAUUCAGUCACAACCUCAUGCACGUGUUCUUAUUCGCCCCAACUGCUGCAGGUGAAGGUGAAGAUCAUAGAGAUCGGAGGCGAAUCCUGUCUCCUAGCCGUGUGGCACGACUUAACCGAGUCCAAGCGCAAGGAGGAGGAGCUCCGAGCAGCCAGAGACGCAGCGGAGGCAGCGAGCGAGGCGAAGAACCGGUUCCUGGCGAACAUGAGCCAUGAGCUGCGCACCCCCAUGAAUGGCGUCAUCGGUGUCGCCGAGCUGCUCCUCCGCACGCCCCUCACCCCGCAGCAGCGCUCCUACGUCGACGUUAUUUCUUCCUCCGGCACCGCGCUCAUCCAUAUCAUAUCGGAUGUGCUGGAUAUUACCAAGAUCGAGGCGCAUGCGCUGGUGUUGGACCGGAAUCCGUUCGAUUUAAGGAGGACGCUAACGCAGUGCCUUGCUGUUGUGCGCACUGCUGCUGACGGCAAGGGGCUCAAGGUGGGUGCGUGCGUUGAUGGAAAGGUGGGAAGCGGUGCAGUACGUGCGGUGGACGUGCUUGCGCAUGCGCUGGUGUGGGCGAGGGCAUGGCGGCGUGUGUGUAGGGGGGUCAUCUCCACUCCAUGUAAUAACUCCACCAUCUUCCCCUGCCCGCCCCCCUCCCCCACCCGUUGCCUCCCACUAUCGCAGCUGCACAGCCAUGUGGGGGAGGGCGUGCCGGCGUGUGUGUUGGGAGACCAGUUUCGCGUGCGCCAGAUCCUGCUCAACCUGCUCUCCAAUGCCAUCAAGUUCACUGACAGACGUCUGCAGCAGUGCGAAGCCCUAAUCCGCUCUCUUACUGCUUCUUCCCUCUUCUUCCCCUUGCUGCGUGCCCCUUGUAGGGGAGAGGUGGAGGUGCAAAAACCGUUUGCAGCGCCGCACGCACCGCCACUGCAUCCCCCUCUCCCUGUGCCGUCCCUCUCCUUCCCUGCAGCAGCACCACCCAUCCGCACGUGCCACUCUGCCACCCACAUGAGCGCUCUGGCCGAGGGUGUGAGCGAGGGCCCUUGUGAGGCAGGUGAAAGGGGCAGUGAGGGCAAGCAAGGGGUGGCUUGUGAGGCGAGUCAAAAAGCAUGCCGGGCGGGUGAAGGGAGCUUUAAGGGGGCGCAGGCGGGAGCGCAGCAGGGGUCGGUGGGUAAGGCCCCUCCUGCCAAACGGGCUCGUGUGGGCGGGUGCCAUAGGGGUGGAGGCCGUGGGUUGAGUGCUGGGGGUAGGGGAGGGCGUGGGAGGCAUGAAGAGGAAGGGGGAGGACGGGAGGUCCAAAAGGGAGAACAGGGUGGGGGAGGGGGAGGGGCAGGAGGAGGAGGAGGAGGAGGAGGAGGAGGAGGAGGAGGAGGAGGAGGAGGAGGGGCAGGAGGAGGGGGAGGAGGAGGCGGCAAAGAGAGUGGGGUGCGUCUCGCACGCCAAGCUUCGUGGAAUGCUCCUGGGGCUGUGCUGGCUCGGGCCGACGCUGCUGCCGAUGCUGCUGUGGUGGCUGGGGGAGCUGUGUUGACUGGCUUGGGUGGUGGGACGGGGGUGAUUGAGGGGGAAGGGCUGGCCGGUGGGGCAGUUAAAAUAGUAGGGGGGCACAUGAUCGAUCCUGAAAAAGUCGUCGAAGCAGGAACAAGGGAAAUAUCAACAGCAGCAGCAGCAGCAGCAAUAGGAGAAACAAGCAGGUUGGAUACACAAGGGGCAGAGAGGAGAGAAGCUGUGCAAGUGGGGACGAAGCAGAAGGACAUGCAAAGGCUGGAGGAGGGGGGCGAUCCAGCCAAAGCAGCUGCUCCAGGAGCAUGCUCAUUAGCAGGAGGAGAAGCUCCCUUGGCUACAUCCGAACAAAACGCCCUGCACUGCUCCCAGAGAGGUAGCGAGAAGCCAGUGCAGGUGCAGCGUGGUUCUGGAGAGAUGCAAGGAGAGAGAGGAGCAGCGCAAGCAGAACAACCCGCAGAGGCAGGCGAGGCGGCGGUGGUGUGGGUGCGGAUAGAUGUGCAGGACACGGGCGUGGGGAUACCGGAGGAUCAGCUGGCGCGGCUGUUCACGCCGUUCCGGCAGGUGGACGACUCGUCGUGCCGCAAGCACGGCGGCACGGGCCUGGGUCUCUCCAUCUGUCGCUCGCUCGCCGCGCUCAUGGGGGGCUGCAUCUCCGUCGCCUCCUCCCCCCGCCAUGGCUCCACCUUCUCCCUCCACCUCCCCUUCUCUCCCUCCUCUGCCCCCCCUGCUUGCAGCGGGCAGGAGGCGGAUCUGAAGGUUGUUGGGAGUGCGUCUCUGCCUGAUGCGGUGGCGAUGCCUAGUGGAGGCCCGUUCAGCGGGCUGCGGUGCCUGGUGGUGGAGGACAACGCGGUGAAUCGCAUGGUGGUGGUGCAGCUGCUGAGGAACCUGCGAGUCUCGUGUGAUGUGGCAGAGAAUGGGCACAAGGCCGUGGAGGCCUGCCGCUCCACCAACUACCAUGUCAUCUUCAUGGACUGUCAGAUGCCAGUGAUGGACGGCUUUGAAGCCACCACGCACAUCCGACGGCUGCAAGCCAUCCCUCACACCGCUGAAGCGGGAGUGGUGGGAGAAGCGAAUGCGGGUGAAGCAGUACCAGCAGGGAGGGGCGCACAGGGGGUGUGUAGUGGAAACGUUGACACAAGCCUGGCUCCCCAGCAGCAGCAGCAGCAGCAGAUGGGUGUGAAAGCGCAGCAGCGGUCAGCUAUUUAUGCGUUGACAGCGAGUGUGUUGAAGCAUGAGAGGGACAAGUGUGCACGUGCAGGGAUGGAUGGCUUCCUGGCCAAGCCCAUCCGCAUGAGAGACCUGCAGCAGGUGCUACAGGAGGUGGUGCAUGGACAUACGACCUAG